UAAAGAAAGUAAAGAUGUAUUUUGCCAUCCGCCUAAGCUUUGUCCUGGCUGUGCUCUUCUGCCUUACGGGAAACGGAAAUGCUAGAAUGCUGGGUGCAGAUUUCAACAGGCUCCAGCAACUUCAGCGCCGAAGUCACCAAUCUAAUGAUGCCAACACCCAGCUGAAAAUCGCAUAUGAAGUCAUCGAAAUUUAUGAUAAGUACAAGGGCCAGAAGGGAUCAGAUUUGUUAAGAGAAGCUCAACUGAAUUCAGAAGUCAAUGAUUUUAAAAGAAAGAAUGUGGUCAUCGAUGGAGUGCCCGCCCAAGGAGGAAAAAUUAAUGAUGUAGCUAAGAAAAUUUCUGAUGAGAUUCCUGAUGAAGUGAAGAAGAAUGCUAAGGAUAUCGUUGUGAAAAUUGCAAAAUCCGUAACUAAAAGUAUAUUUAAAUAUUUUUUAAAUUAGCCAAAGAGUAAAAUGCUAGAAAAUUUCAUAA